AUGACGACUCUGGACGAUAAGAUCCUGGGAGAGAAGCUGCAGUACUACUACAGCAGCAGUGAGGAUGAGGGCAGUGACAACGAGGAAGAGGAAGGGUCGAAGAAGACCAUCAGGGACGCUAACGUGGCUGAGCCAGAGAUCGACUACAGCGCUGAUGGAAGUGCUGUUAACACAGGACCGAAGGGCGUGAUCAAUGACUGGAGGAAAUACAAGCAGCUGGAGGUGGAGCAGAAACAAGAGCAGAAGAAGGAGAUGGAGAGACUGAUCAAGAAACUGUCGAUGACCUGCCGCUCUGACCUUGACAUGGAAAAGGACAGCGACAAACAGAAAGAGCUGCAGGAAAAAAUUAAAGGCAAAAUGACAAUGCAGGCGUACAAUAUGCUCCAGGAAGGCGAGGAUGAUGAAGAUUUCCUCCAGCAUUACCGUAUGCAGCGCAUUGAAGAGAUGCGGCGCCAGCUCUGCCGCUUCGAGCAGGUCCAGGAGCUCGUCUGCGGCGAGGACUUCCUGGAAGCUUUAGACGAAGAGGAUAAAAGCACGCUGGUCAUGAUCCACAUCUACGAGCCGGAGGUCCCGGGCUGUGAGGCCAUGAGGGGCAGCCUGAUGUGUCUGGCUCAGGAAUACCCACUGGUGAAGUUCUGCAGCGUCCGCAGCUCGGCCAUCAGCACCAGCGCACUGUUCAGAGACAGCGCUCUGCCCGCUCUGCUUGUAUACAAAGGAGGAGACCUGAUCGGCAACUUUGUGCGGCUCACAGACCAGCUCGGGGAAGAUUUCUUUGCUGUGGACGUGGAGGCCCUGUUGCAGGAGUACGGCCUGCUGCCUGACAAGGCCCAGGUGGUCGCCAAGACGGUUCGCAAUGGAGCCAUCAUACAGACCAUUGGGAGUGAUGAGGACUCUGACCUUGAUAUAGACUAGAGCCACGCUAUCUUAAAUAUGUUGUAUGCUUGGGAAUAGUGUACCUGCAGUCUGCAUGGACAAUACGUCAUUCAUACAUAUUUAUGCAAACCCCAUGUGAUAAGGGACUGAGCCAGAUUUGUCAUUUACUCUUCACACAGCAACAUCCUAGAAACAC